CAUGGCCGGUGCUCUGCUCAGAAGAGUCUCCAUCUCCAGCAAGAAAACACGCGGUUGUAGUGUGGAAAUCGCGUCAGCCCUUUGCCGAAAUCUUCCCCACGGAAACUUCGACAAAGUCAAACUCAGAUACCAAAGGAAGUAACCAGAAGAGAAAUGGUAAAAGACUUUGUGAAUCACCAUGCGUGGCGAUAAUAUCUAUAAUGCUCCCAUGGUUUCAAUUUUAGGUCACUAAACCCUUCUCUUUAGCUCUCCCUUCUCGCCAUUUGGCAGAUUGGAACUCGUCUGUCACGACGACUUUGAUUUGUGUUCAUUCUUUUCUUCAUUUCUGGGAAUCUGUGAAAUCCCAAGUUAGCUCUGAAAAAGAGAAGGCUCUGAAGCUACUAAUCGAACCAGCAAGAGGAAAAUUCUAGUCAGGAGAUUCAAGAACAGAAGGCCUCAUUGGGGUGUAAUAGAUUCGGAGGGACAUGUCUACCAAUGCUGCUGCUUGCGCUGAGAGAGCAACAAAUGAUGGGCUUAGAGCUCCUGAUUGGGCCAUAAACAUUGAGCUCUGUGAUAUCAUCAACAUGGAUCCUAGGCAAGCAAAGGAUGCAUUGAAGAUACUCAAGAAGCGACUGACUAGCAAGAAUCCUAAAGUACAACUUCUAGCUCUCCAUGCAUUGGAGGCUCUAAGCAAAAAUUGCAGUGAUACCAUUUGUAAGCUGGUCGUGGAACGUAAUAUCCUGCACGAAAUGCUUAAAAUUGUGAAAAAGAAGCCUGAUUUAAAUGUACGGGACAAAAUAUUAGCUCUGGUAGAUGCAUGGCAUGCAGCAUUUGGUGGCAACUCCAAGGGGAAGUGUCCACAGUAUUAUGCAGCCUACAAUGAAUUGAAGAAUGCCGGGUUUCAAUUUCCACCGAGAGAGGAGAAUGUCGAGCAGUUCUUUAGUUCACCUCAGAUACAACCUGUUAUUGAGCACCUUGUUUCAGCUAAUGAUGAUCUUGCUGCUCAGGCUUCUCUCCAGUCCGAUGCUUCUGGCUUAAGCUUGCCAGAAAUUCAAAAUGCACAGGGACUAGCAGAUGUUCUAUGGGAAAUGCUUGGCGCAUUGGAUCCUAAGACUCCGGAGGCUCUGAAGGAAGAAGUGAUUGUAGAUCUUGUUGAUCAAUGCCGUUCAUACCAACGCCGUGUCAUGAUACUUGUGAAUGAGAACACAGAUGAGGAACUGUUAUGUCAAGGAUUGGUGUUGAAUGACAAUCUGCAGCGUGUACUCAGUGACCACGACGACAUUGCAAAAGGAACAUUCAUGAUGGAAGCUAGAAGAACAGAACCUCCCAUUCCAUCGGUUCCAUUUAUGAACCCUGAGGACGAUGGUUCGGAAGAUGAUUUUACACAGUUAGCUCGCAGGUCAACCAAAGAUUACACUUUUGAAAAGGACAGCAAACUGGCAAACGGUCAAUCAUCUCGAGUUAGUCCAGUUUCUUCACCCUCAUCAAAGUCGACAACUAGUGUAGAAAUGAUCGAUCAUCUCAGUGACGCACACAAACCUCAACUGUCUCCAAAGAUUGUAGAGCCACCAUCUUAUUCCCUUCCAAUUUUCCCACCCUCGCCUCAAACUUCAUCUCCCUUACCUUUAAACACUAGACAGCCUAUGUUUGAGGAACCACCUCUGAGAAGCAUAUCCACGAAUCCACUUCCCACAGCACAUCGGGACACUCAAUCUCCAAGCCUCCUCCCUCCCCCACCCUCGAGAUAUAACCAAAGACAACAAUAUUUUGAGCAACAAAAGUCAGUUACAGGAGGAGGCACUCUGCCCCAUUUGAGCAAUACCCGUGGUUCUUCGCAUGAUAACACGUCGCUCAGUCCUUCCACCCCAACCAGAUCUGCAGAGCAUGAAGAAGCCCUUUUCAAAGAUCUGGUGAAGUUUGCUCAGUUUAAGUUAUCUUCAUCGUCGCAAUCCAACCGACCAUUGUGAGACUGGAUUAGCAAAGACUGACGUUUUGGUGUUUUUCUUAUUGUUGUUUUAACGUAGGCAGGUGACGAGGUUGUUGUAUAUUCAUGGACAAAGCCAUCCAUUUUGCUUUGAUGGAUGUUAGAGUAAGCCACUGAUCUCUGCAUAUAUUAUAUGAUAUAUUCAUUUAGUAUC